AUGCUGAGACCGCGCCAAGGGCGCUGCGAUCGCUCGACCGUUGCAUGCGACGCGGCCGAAUGGUUCGAAACGCAGAAGGAGCUCCAGGCGCUACUGGCAGACCCGCUGCUCGCUGACGUGGCGGCUGACGUGUCACUGGAGGAGGUAGAGACGCUGAUUGCGGCGGAAACGGGCGGCGGGAUGCGGCUGCGAGUAAGGCGAUUAGAUGGCGGCGAGUAUGCGGUGGUGGUGCGGCGGUCAGCGACGGUGGGCGAGCUGAAGGUUGCGGUUGAGAGAGAGGCGCGGAGAUGGGCGCAGGGGGAAGAGGCGGAGGCAGGGUGGAUUCGCGCGGAGAGAUGGCGCGCGGAUGGCGGAGCGGGGGGGCGAGGGCAGGCAGGGGGGGGAAGGGAGGGAGGGGAAAGAAGGGAGGUAGGGCUGGAUGGUGGGGAUUUGAGGGAGAAGAGAAAGCGUGGAUGGGGGGAUGGAGAGGGUAUUGGGGAAGGGACGAGAGAGGGAGUGAGGAGUGAGGAAGAUGGUGGUGUGAUGAGAGGUGGCGGAGAGGGAAGGAGAGAGGGGCGAGAGAAGCAGGCAAGGAGGGAGAUGUUAGAACGAGUUGAGGAAGAGGACAGUGGAGGGCGAGAGGAGGAAGGAAGAGGGACGAGAAGAGUAGUUUUGGAGGAAGAGGGCGAAGUGAAGGAGGAAGGGAAGGAGGACGAAGAGCAGGAGCAGGAGCAGGAGGAGCAGGAGGAGCAGGAGGAGGAGGAAGCGUGCGCAGGGGUGUUGAGAGAGGGAUAUGACUACACACAGCCAUCACACAGCCGAGGCAUCUCAUGGCGCUACAUCUGGUCGCAUGCAUGCCUGGCACUGGACGGCCAUCCUCUCACUUUCCACUCUCCCACCACUCCUCUACUUGACCUCGGCCUCACCAACGGUGAUCAGCUGUGCUUCAUGCCUUUCCGCCCACCAAGCAACAAGAGACACCGAAAGGCAAGAAAGAUGCGGAUGGGUUGA